AAGUGAUUUAAUUGCGUUCCGGAGCGUGCGGGUCCUCGGUUACCUUGUCUCGAUCUUCAGAGUCACACACACACAACAGACUCCGCACUCGCAACGAUUCUGGACCUGGAAUUAUAGUUUAUACUUUACCAAUAAGCAAAGAUGAAUUGCCUUCAGAAUCUUCCCAGAUCCUCAGUCUCACCUUUGUUGGGCUUUGUGGGCAAUCAAAGAGAUCCUUCUUCUUCUUUGAAGAUGAUGCUGCUACCUAUCAAAGCCAGUUAUCCUAAGUGUAGAACUGUUUUACAGGCGGUAUCAGAUUCGAAAUCCAGCUUAGAGGUGAGUGAUGUUGCAAAAGAAGAGGAGGAGAAAUCUGAUGAAUAUAGCCAAGACAUGACUCAAGCUAUGGGUGCUGUUUUAACUUACAGGCAUGAGCUAGGAAUGAACUACAGCUUUAUUCGUCCUGAUUUAAUUGUUGGAUCCUGCUUACAGACCCCUGAAGAUGUUGACAAGCUCCGUAAAAUUGGGGUCAAAACCAUCUUCUGCUUGCAACAAGAUCCUGACUUGGAAUAUUUUGGAGUAGAUAUAAGCAGCAUCCAAGCAUAUGCUAAGACAUUUACUGACAUUCAGCAUAUCCGCUGUCAAAUAAGAGACUUUGAUGCGUUUGAUCUGAGACUGCGUCUUCCUGCAGUGGUUAGCACACUAUACAAAGCUGUUAUGCGAAAUGGAGGAGUUACGUACGUCCACUGCACUGCUGGAAUGGGAAGGGCUCCUGCUGUUGCGUUGACAUACAUGUUCUGGGUGCAAGGCUACAAACUUAUGGAAGCUCACAGAUUACUUAUGAGCAAACGAACCUGCUCUCCGAACCUUGAUGCUAUCAGAAACGCAACAAUUGAUAUUCUUACAGGACUCAAGAAGAAGAUUGUUACUCUGACACUGAAAGACAAGGAGUUCUCCACAGUAGAAGUUUCUGGCCUUGACAUUGGAUGGGGACAGAGGAUACCUCUGACACUAGACAAGGGAACAGGACUCUGGAGCCUAAAGAGAGAACUGCCUGAAGGACAGUUUGAAUAUAAAUAUAUCAUAGAUGGUGAAUGGAGACACAAUGAGCAAGAGCCGUUUACAGGACCUAACAAAGAUGGACAUACCAAUAACUACGUAAAAGUGGUGGAUGACCCAACGAGCCUGGAUGGUGCAAAGAGGGAGAGGUUAUCGAGUGAAGACCCUGAGCUUUUGGAGGGGGAACGCUUGAAACUAAUCCAGUUCUUGGAGACUUGCUCUGAACAACCAGAAGUUUGAGAGUUGAGAGCAAUCCUUGUGAAUGUACACUUUACUAGUAGUAAGUAACAGUAAUUAAUAAAAUGCUUUUAUGUUGGUAAUACAUAAAAUUACGUUUAUAGCAAAAGAAAAGACAUGAAGUUAAUUUUAAAGAAAAGCACCUAGUAGUACUACGUUCAAGUAUUCAUUUUUUUAUUACAUAAAAGACUUCAGA